UUAGCAGUCAGAAUAUUGGAAUAUUGCCUUUUAGUUCAAUUUUGAAAAGUGCAGUGGUGAAAUUAUGACGUGGGUACCAGCAAAUCUUUCUGAAAAAUGUGCUUCAAAUCCAAGCAGUUCGGCCUGUUCACCCGCUCAAAUUCUCUUCUUAGCUUUUAUUGUUAAUUUAUUUUCAUCAUCAAGAGACAACAAUUCUAAUCUAGAAGCUGAACCAAAGAAAUAUGAUUUUAUAAUUGUUGGUGCUGGUUCAGCCGGAUGUGUUGUUGCAAAUCGAUUAACCGAAAUCAACAGGUGGAAUGUACUUUUAUUGGAAGAUGGUGUAGAGGAACCAAGAGUGGUUGAAGUGCCAGCUUUAGGUGGCCUCCUUUCUGGAAGUAAUAUCAUGUACACCUAUAAAGUGCAGCCAGACAUCAACUCCUGCAAAACAAAAUCCUGUUCAUUUGUUAGGGGAAAGGUGAUGGGUGGUUCAAGUUCAGUUCAUGGAAUGGUAUACAUGAGAGGAAAUCGAGUCGAUUUCGACAAUUGGGCCAAACUGGGGAACAUUGGCUGGAAUUUCACCCAAGUAUUGCCUUACUUCAAAAAAUCAGAAGACAAUGGCGACAAAGAUAUAAUAAAUGAAAAUCCAGGAUAUCAUGCGACUGGAGGAUACCAAAGUGUCCAAAAAUAUCCCUACACAGAUGUAAACACAAAAAUAGCAAUGGAAGCUUUUGAGGAAUUAGGAUACAAACUAACAGACCCAAAUGGUGAAACACAAUUAGGUGUUUCUAACAUUCAAUGGACCAUAAAAAAUGGAGUUCGUGUAAGCACAAAUGCCGGUUUCAUUCGAACAAUCAGGAACCAGAGAAAAAAUCUUUUUAUUAAAACUGAAGCUCAUGCAACAAGCGUGAUAAUUGACCCAAAAGCAAAAAAAGCUCUCGGUGUGAAAUAUACACAUAAAGGAAAAUCUAAAAUUGCUUAUGCCAAAAAAGAAAUUAUUCUUUCGGCAGGUACGAUUGAGUCACCAAAACUACUCAUGCUGUCUGGAAUCGGACCAAAGGAAAUUCUGGAAAAACGUAACAUUAAAGUAAUUCAAGAUUUGCCAGUUGGACGGAAUAUGCAUAACCACAUAAAAAUUGGAAAGCUUGAUUUUUCCUUCACAAAUAAAAGCUACUCGACUUUGACAAAUUUGGAGAAUAUGAAAGAGGAUGUUUUCCGUUAUUUAAAAACACAUGACGGUCCAGAUUCUACAAGAGGUAUUGGUGCUGUUAUGGCUUUUGUAAAAACAAAAUUCGAAGACAAUGAGAAUGCUCCUGAUAUUCAAUUGCAAUUCAAUCCGAAUGAAUUAUCCUAUCAACCCUCUGUUUAUUAUGAUAGUUUUAGUGUAUCCGUGUUUCUGCUUACACCAAAAAUUAGAGGGCAUAUUGAACUUAAUGAAACCGAUCCAGUUUUUGGCAAUCCGUUGAUUUUCCCUGGAAAUUUUACAGCACAAUCUGACAUAGACACUUUGGUUGAAGGUAUUCGCGUUGUUUUGAAACUUGCAGAUACUAAAACUUUUAAAGAUAGUGGGUAUCAGCUUAAUAAAGUACCAAAAUCACCUUGCAAGCAGUUCAAAUUCGGGAGUGAUGAAUACUUUAAAUGUAUUGUGGUGGAAUACGCUGCUUUAACAUCCCAUUAUGUUGGGACCUGUAAAAUGGGAACUAGGGAUUCGGGGGCUGUUGUUGAUCCAAGAUUAAGGGUUUAUGGAGUAAAAGGAAUUAGAGUUAUUGAUGCUUCGAAUAUGCCAGCUGUUGUCAGAGGGAAUCCAGUUGCGGCGACUAUUAUGAUUGCGGAAAAAGGCAGUGAUAUGAUUAAGGAAGAUUGGAAAAUUAGGAAAUAAUCAAGAAAAAUCGAUGAAGGAAGAAAGGAAAAGUUUUUGCGUACGCGCUCUUUUUAUUUAUAUAAAUUUAUUACAGUUCUACAUACUUGAGCUUUUUAUUCUAACUUUACUAAUCAUGUGCACGAUUAAAUUUACGCAGGAUUUAGUUUAUUAUUGGAAUCUUAAGAAAGAUAAGGUACUUUUACAUCAAAAACUUUGAAGAGGGGUUGAUUAUGUAAUUCCACUUUAAGUUUAAUCACAUUUUAUGCUAUUAUACACUCUAUAUUAUUAGUUUUUAUAUUUCUUUUUCAUGAUCUGAUAUUUCAUUUACUAUAUACAUUCUCUGUCGAACUCAAAUGUUGAAAUAAAUUAAUUUUAUUGGGCUCAACAUUUUUUUUAUCUCUUCUACUUUUUUAUGUCGUAUAAUGAUUUUUGAAUUUUCAAAAUGGCGGACCUAUAU